AUGCCUCCUGAUAAUCGUGGGAAACGACAGAUGAUUCAGAAGUAUCAGGAGUAUUAUCGUGGGAACAGAAAAGAAGUGGCAACCAUCCAAGAACACAGUGACACUUAUCGAAGAGCUGAUGCUAUUCGAUGGUAUACACGACAAUCGUUCGUUUACAAGCUCAUCAACAAAGCUCUACGUACAGAAGACAUCGAACAACUGCACAUAUUUCGCUUUUUCAUUACCGAUCUGUGCUCAAGUCUUGCACAAGAGUAUAAGAAGAUGAGAGAGCGCGAGAAGGGUGUGCUUCCAGUCUAUCGUGGUGUGAAACUGUCGAAUGAAGAAGUUGAAAAGCUGAAAGAGAAUGAAGGUAAACUCAUUUCCAUGAAUGGCUUUCUGUCAACAAGUCGUUUGUCUUCAGUGGCUCUGAAUUUCGCAUCUAAGUCGAUGAAGCGUCGAGACGCUGUUGUUGUUCUCUUUGAGACUGAGUAUGAUUUCAAUGGGUUAAAUGGUGAUGACAUUGUGUGUGCUGACGUCGCUAAGUUUAGCGAUUAUCCAGAAGAGCAGGAAGUCCUGUUUGAUCUAGGUGCAACAUUCAAAAUUCAGUCAGUUAUCCGUGAAAAGCUGGAUCUCAGUCGUGUAAACCUAAGAGUAACAAGCGAAGAAGCAGAUAUAGCACGAGAAUAUAUCAAGUUGAACAGAAAAGAGCUCGAGGAAAGAAGCGCUGCGGCCAUGUUUGGUUCACUUCUUUGUGAUAUGGGACAGUAUGACCAAUCAAUCAAGCAAUUUGAGAAUAUAUUUCAAAAUCAUCAAGGUGAAAAUAUAAGUCACAUUGAGUUUAACCUUGGUCGUGCUCACGACUUCAGAGGCGAGUACGACAAAGCACUGCAGUUGUCUGAGCACAACUAUGCAACAAUGAUGAUGAGCAAGCCUGUGCCAGAGAAAGCAUCAGCUAGAGUACUCAGCAAUAUUGGCAACAUGGAAGAAAAAUGUUUGCCAUCUGAUCAUCCAGAUACUGCUAGUAGUCUGAAUAAUAUUGGCCUGGUUUAUGACAACAAAGGCGAGUAUGAUCGUGCUUUGGACUAUUAUUUAAAGUGUCUCAAGAUUCAAGAAGAAUGUUUGCCAUGUCAUCAUCCACAUACUGAGACUAGUUUGAAUAAUAUUGGCCUGGUUUAUGGCAGGAAAGGCGAGUAUGAUCAUUCUUUGGACUAUUAUUCAAAACGUCUCAAGAUGAGAGAAAAAUGUCUGCCAUCUGAUCAUCCACAUAUUGCUACUAGUCUGGGGAGUAUUGGCAAUAUUUAUGACCGCAAAGGCGAGUAUGAUCGUGCUUUGCGCUGUGACACAAAAUGUAUCAAGAAUCAAGAAAAAUGUCUGCCAUCUGAUCAUCCACAUAUUGCUCGUAGUCUGGGUAGUAUUGGCAAUACUUAUGACAAAAAGGGCCAGUAUGAUCGUGCUUUGGAAUAUUAUUUAAAAUGUCUCAAGAUUGAAGAAAAAUGUUUGCCAUCUGAUCAUCCAGAUAUUGCUCGUAGUCUCCUUGCCAUUGGCAAUGUUUAUACGGGCAAUGGACAGUAUAAUCGUGCUUUGGACUAUUAUUCAAAAUGUCUCAGGAUGAGAGAAAAAUGUUUGCCAUCUGAUCAUCCACAUAUUGCGACUAGUUUAAAUAAUAUUGGCCUGGUUUAUGGCAGGAAAGGCGAGUAUGAUCGUGCUUUGGAGUGUUAUUCAAAAUGUCUCAAGAGGAGAGAAAAAUGUUUGCCAUCUGAUCAUCCAUAUAUUGCUCGUAAAAGAUGUUUGCCAUCUGAUCAUCCAGAUAUUGCGACUAGUUUGAAUAUUAUUGGCCUAGUUUAUGGCAGGAAAGGCGAGUAUGACCGUGCUUUGGACUAUUAUUCAAAAUGUCUCAAGAUCAAUGGCCAGUAUGAUCGUGCUUUGGACUGUUAUUCAAAAUGUCUCAAGAUGAGAGAAAAAUUUUUGCCAUCUGAUCAUCCACAUAUUGCUACUAGUCUAAAAAAUAUUGGCCUGGUUUAUGACAACAAAGGCGAGUAUGAUCGCGCUGUGGACUAUUAUCCAAAAUGUCUCAAGAUGAAAGAAAAAUGUUUGGCAUCUGAUCAUCCGGAUAUUGCUAGUAGUCUCCUUGCUAUUGGGAAUGUUUAUUACAGCAAAGGCGAGUAUGAUCGUGCUUCGGACUAUUAUUCAAAAUGGCUCAGGAUGAAAGAAAAAUGUUUGGCAUCUGAUCAUCCAAUUAUAGCUUGUAGUCUCAGUAAUAUUGGCAACGUUUAUUACAGGAGAAGGGAGUAUAAGCGUGCUGUAGGGUGUUUUUUGAAAGAUGCUUGA